AUGCCACGAAAUCGUCUGUGGAUAAGAGAGGAAACAAGAAUGUUGGGGGUCAUACAAAUAAUGACUGGCAUAUUUAUUCACUGCCUGGGACUACUCUGGAUAUAUUUGUUAUUCACAGAAAUUGUUGCAUUUGGAGCCAUGUAUGUUCCUCUUGCACUAUUAACAGGAUACCCAUUUUGGUCAUCCUUGCUUUUUAUCUUCUCAGGAGCCUUUGCAGUAUUGUUAGAAAAGAGACGUUCACCAUUCUUGGCAUCUUAUGCUUUAGUAGCAAACAUCAUAAGUGCCUGUAUUUCGGUAAUUGGUCUGCUUUUACUAUCACUUGAGUUUGUAUUAUAUAAUAUAAAUAUAAAAAAUCCUAUUUGGCCACAUGUAAUGGUAAACUCCUUUCAGAAUAUCUGUUUAUAUUAA